AAUCAUAGUUAUAGGUAGUUCUGUUAGGAAAUUUCCUCCAAUAAAAAUAGAGUUUACAAAACCGCUAGCCUUACAUUGUUUACAUUCUGCCUGUCUCACAACACCCGGGAAAGUCUGAAAGGCUAUUCAUUCUCUUCCAAUCUUGAAGAAAUAUUCAAAGUAUAGUGAGAGAUGGCAGACAAAGUACUGUCAGAAGAUGAAGAGAUGGAGGAAGUCAAGGAUGAGGACGGAACAGAGUUUGUUAUUGUUGACGUUGAUGCAGAGGACAUAGAUUUGAACCAAAGCAGAAUUGCAAAGAUCACAAAUUUAGACCAGCUUACCAAAGUCAGGACAUUAUGUUUAAGACAGAAUUUAAUCAAGAAGAUAGAAGGUAUGGAAAACCUGACAUCUUUGGAAGAAUUAGAACUGUAUGACAACCAACUUACUGCUGUAGAGAACUUGGAUACUCUUGUAGAGCUAAGACUGCUGGAUCUAUCAUUCAACAGAAUAAAGAAGAUAGAGGGUUUGACAAAUCUUACUCAGCUGAAGAAAUUAUUCUUUGUUAAUAACAGAGUAACCAAAAUAGAGAAUGUUGAUCACUUAGUGCAGCUAGAAAUGUUAGAACUUGGUGCUAAUAGAAUCAGGGUAAUUGAAAACAUAUCAUCGCUAGUGAACCUGACAAGUCUAUACCUCGGAAAAAAUAAAAUUCCAAAAAUCACUGGACUGGAAACAUUGGUUAACCUGAGAUGUCUCAGUUUACAGAGUAAUCGUAUAGUGAAGCUGGAAGGAUUGGAUACUUUGACCAAUUUAGAAGAAUUAUAUUUUAGUGAUAAUGGCAUAGAGAAAGUUGAAGGACUAGACAAAAAUGUUAAAUUGACUACCAUUGAUUUUGGUAACAACAGAAUAUCAACCAUUGAAAAUGUCAGCCAUCUUAUUGCAUUAGAAGAGUUCUGGUUCAAUGGCAACAAGAUAUCAAAUUUUGAUGAUUUGAAAGAAUUAGCUCCAAUAGCUACUCUACAAACUGUUUAUUUAGAAAGAAAUCCUCUUUAUUAUGAUGGGGACAAAGUACCAGAUCCAAAUUAUAGACGCAAAAUUAUGUUAGCGUUGCCUCAGCUUAAGCAAAUAGAUGCAACAAUGUGUAGAUAGUAACUUAUUUGUUUUGUUAGAGAUUGUUUUUAAAACAUAUUUUAAUACUUUUUGUUAAUUACUUAGACCAUUUGAAUGGCUACUGAAUGUAGGAAUGACCGAGGUUAUGACCUGAACCUUCAUCCACGUGGUUCCCUUCUACUAAUUAUUAAGACCAUUUGAAUGGACAAUUAAUGUUAGAACGUUUGAAUUCAACACCAAGUUUUCUUUUAUUUUUUUGGGAAAAUAUCAGGAUAAUAGCAAAUCUCAUGUAAAUAUUGAAAAGUCUUUCUAGUAAAAUGGUUAUAAAAGCAAUCAAAUGUUUUAUUCCCUUUUGCAAUCAAUUUUUACAGUUUAAAAAAAAAAGUUCAAAGAUUGUUAUGGGAACUAUGAAAAAAUAUCUACCAUGUAAACACUUUAAGAUAAUUUUUUAUUAUGACUUACGGAAUAAUUUCAACACAUUCAAGAAAUAAGAAAUAUAUUUGAUAAAUAUCUUACAUACAUUUUGUAUCUACACACAGUUCACACAGAUCUUUGAUAUAACCGUGCUUUGCUAGGUCUUAUGAAUAAAUGUUAAUAAUACAUAUAGUCUUUAGCCUGUGUCAGAGUUCAAAAGCCAAAGAUUUUUCCAAGUUUACAGCAGCUACUUGUAGAAGCUAGAAAAUGGAGCAAUACUAUACAAUAAUGCAUUUUUUAAAAAAUACUCUGCCACAUACAAAUGUAAAACAAGAGUUAAACAUAUACUAAAUACAUUCACAUUAAUACCUACAGAUUAUAGGAAGAAAUAAAACAACUCUUAAAUGGAAUAUAUUAAUAAUUACUAUACAAGUACCUUGUUGUAUAAAUGGUGAAAUUGGUGCCAAACUUGCUAUAAUAUAUUAAUAGAAAAAAAUAUGAUAUUCGUUUUAUUAUAGACUUUUUACUGAUUGUAAAUUAUUUUCGAUUCACCAGGAACUUACAUGUACUGUGAAAGUACUUUUAUUCGUGGGUAUCAAUUUUCGUGGUUUAAGCAAAAGUUGCAUGUUCGUGGGUUCUUAAAUUUGUGGAUUUAAGUUUUUUGAAGAAAAACAAAUUGGGUGAAGAAUGUGAAACCAUCUGAGACGAAAACUCAUAAUCAUAUGUUGUUUUAUAAUAAUUUCUGGGACAUUUCAAAAUAUGGUGUUCAUUUUCACCUACUUGUUCAUGUUUCAUUACUGACAACAUUGUUCAAACUUUUAAUAAGAUAAUUGCUUUCUGAAAUAAGCCGAUUCAUCUUUUCUUACAAAUGUUCUCGAUUGAAGGAAAUUGCAGAGUAAACAUUUUAAUUGUUGCACACGGGUAAUCAGAAGUGAUGACACUAAUUAACCCGAGAUUGUUUGAUCAACAGAUUAACGGUCACCAAAGGUGUUAAUUGGACCAUAACUUGUCCCUUAAACAUGUUAAAGAAAACGGUAACAAAUGGAAUUUGAAUUUUCUUGAGAAUUAAAAGGUUUAAAGUCGUACUGUUUAGGUUUUUUAAAGAUUAGAUGGACAGAAUUCUGUCUGAAGUUGCAUCUUUAGUUCAAAGUGCGUUUGCUGAUAUUCGAUGUAGUCAAACCUACAGUAUUGGGGAUCUUUCCAUGUUCCAUCUUUCCAUGUCCUGAUUUGGACAAGAGUUCUUAUAUUUCACUGGACACUUAAAUUCGUGGAUAAAGCCAUCCACGAAAACCACGAAAAUUGGUACCCCACGAAUAAAAGGACUUUCACAGUAUAUUAAGAAUUCCAGGUGAUUGCUAGUCUGUCCAUCUGAGUUAUAUGAGCUUUUUUCCAUUUUAUGAAAACAGUAUACACAAUUUUUUAAAGAUAACUUGUUUUGAGUAUAUGUCUGUACUAAAAUUAGUAUAUAAAUUGAUAAUGUAAUUAAAAAUUAAUAUACAUUUAUCUUGAUUAUGUAAUGAUGAAUUUUCCUUUCAAUUUAUGCAGUCAACUAUUUAUCAAAUUAAAUUUCUUACAAUGUUUUCUUUGGUAAGCCUAGGGGUAACUAUUAAGAAUUACAAAAUGUUUGUAAUAAAAAUAAAAUACAAAAUGUAUUAUACAGUCAUUUCAGUCAUGAGUGGGUUUUGUAGAUUUUGAAAAGGACACUCAGGAAUUUUUUUUUGUUAGCCAUUAAAAUUGAAUUGAUAUUAUGUUUGUCAUUUCAUGCCAGCAAUAAUUACCUUACUAUGAAUACAGAGAAAAAAAGCUUUAUUAAUAAGGAUAUUGAUUGGUUUUUUUUAUGAAUAAUAAAUACAUUUUAAUUCCUUUU